AUGUCAUACUCUCCGCCACCACAAGGGGCUCAGAAUGUCCAGCAUCAAUAUACCCAACAACAACAACAUCAACAUCAUCACCAUCAUCAUCACCAUCAUCACCAACAACAGCAGCAGCAACAGCAGCAGCAACCAGCUCCUCAAUCUUCAGCAGCUUCCCAAGCUCCUUCUAACAAUGUAAACCGCAAUUCUCAGGCCUCCUCUGCGUCUUUCAAUCCUGAUGAUCCAUCCCAAAAGCGACUCUCUCAAGCUUCUUCUUCCUCAACUUCCAAGCGUACCAAAACCCACAUUGGGCCUUGGCGACUUGGACGAACUCUAGGUCGUGGGUCUUCUGGCCGUGUUCGUCUGGCUAAACAUAAUAUCACUGGCCAGCUUGCUGCGGUCAAAAUUGUCCCCAAGUCUCUGGUUUCUACAAAUAAUAAUGAUUCAAACAAAGAAAAUCAAGCAGACUCACAAAGAGAUGCAAAUGGCUUUUCUUACGGCAUUGAACGUGAGGUCAUUAUCAUGAAGCUCAUUGAGCAUCCUAAUGUUAUGGCUUUAUACGAUGUCUGGGAGAACAAAGGCGAGCUAUAUCUCGUUCUUGAAUACAUUGAAGGAGGUGAGCUCUUUGACUACCUCAUCAAAAAGGGUCGUCUCGAAGAGCGAGAGGCUCUCCACUAUUUCCGCCAAAUUAUCAAUGGUGUCGAUUAUUGCCAUCACUUCAAUAUUUGUCAUCGUGAUCUUAAACCUGAAAACCUCCUUUUAGACAAAAACCGAAACAUUAAAAUCGCUGAUUUCGGUAUGGCUGCGUUGGAAACCUCUGACAAAAUGCUAGAAACUUCAUGCGGUUCCCCCCACUAUGCUUCCCCAGAAAUUGUCUCCGGUAAAAACUACCAUGGUGGACCCUCAGACAUUUGGUCUUGCGGUAUCAUUCUUUUUGCUCUUCUCACUGGCCAUUUGCCAUUUGAUGAUGAAAAUAUCCGUAAACUUCUUCUCAAGGUCCAAGCAGGUAGAUUCCACAUGCCUCAUGACCUUUCCAUAGAAGCAAAGGACCUCAUCUCUCGUAUGCUUUGCGUCGACCCGGACCAACGCAUCACAAUGCCUGAAAUUCUUAACCAUCCUCUUCUCAAAAAAUACCCCUCAAAACGUGCAACAAGAACUUAUGACCAAAUUAACAAGCCUCUUUUGCCCAUGUCUGUCUCUAAACCAGUCAACUCUAGAGAAGAUAUUGACCAGGAGAUAUUGAAAAAUCUCCAAACUCUUUGGCACGGUGCAGACAGAGAAACCGUCAUUUCUAGACUUUUGUCUCCAGACCAAAAUGCAGAAAAAACCUUUUACUGUCUUCUCAUGAAGUACCGUCAUGACCACCUCGACGACGCAAACAAGCCUCCUGUUCCUCCAGCAGCUCCUAGCAUGAGCAGAUCUUCCAGCAAACAAGCCAUCAAGCACUCCGCAUCUAACCAGCAUCUCAACUCCAGCUCAGGAAGCCAGCAUCAUCACCACCACCACAGCAGACGAUCGUCUCAUGGCAGACAACCCAGCCGCGUUUCUCGUCAUUCCAGAACUGGCUCCAAAAGCUCAACUAUCACUGCAUCUUCCAGCCACAAGCGCGGAGUUUCUUUCUCUUCCAUUAAGCAACGCACAAAGUCCAGUAACUCAAUCAAGAGUAACGCCGGUUCCGUGUCUCGUCCUGAUUCUCCUCCUCCACCAAUGCCUUCCGAUGCUGUUGAAAUGCAAAUGCAGGCUUCUGUGGAUCACUCUCAAGAUAACUCCCAAUUCAGUUACGCCGAAUAUGACGAAACAGCACAGUAUUUCCAAGAACAAGCGUUGCCUCAACAGCCAACUCAAAUCGUAGAGGACCCCUUGAAAGAAGAUGAAUGGACAAAGGAGGCCAAGCGAACUUCUUCCGAGUUUGCAUCUAUGCUUGAGCAUGUCUUUGAUUUCCCUUCAAAUUCUCCAGCCCCCUCAGUUCCAGUUCCACCUGUACCUGUCAAGGCCCAAUCACAGCGCAGAGAUACCCGCGUUGUUUCAGACCCAUUACCUGCUUCUUACAAUGUGGACCCUUCUAACCUUGAUGCCACUAUUCUUACAGAUGCUAAUGUCACUGAAAGAAGAAGAGUUGUAUCCAAUUUUGUUAAUCCUACUGCAUCUAGUCUUGAUCCCUUUUCUGCAGGCUUCAAUCCUCAACCGUGUGCUGCUGCUAUUUAUUCAUCAAGUACUCAUUCCAGCUUGGAUAAUAUCCAACAAUCUACUGAGCCUUCUCUUGACUUUGCUGCAGAUGAGUCACUUGCCGCUGGCUUGUUGAAUGUGGACUACUUGUUGCCCAUGAUUUUUGAGGAGGAUGACCGUUUUGCAGAUGCCAUUGAGGAGGAGAUGGACAUCCACUUUAAUGAACCUAAACCAAAAAGAAUAUCUGUACAGAAACCACCUCCUAGUAUGCCCAUUAAUGUGCCAACUCAACCGAAAUCUAUUAAACCUUCGACAGGCCAAUCCAGAACUGACUGGACCCGAGCUCGCAACCCUCACCUUCAAACACGUCGCAACAAUAGCCAGCGGUACUCUACUACAGAUCAUAGCCAUUUGCAUAGUGAUGCUGAAGACGACUUGAAUAUGGCUCCAUUUGAUGAGUCUGUUGUGGAAAUUGGCUUCAACGGAACUGGAAUUGUGGGAGUUGGUGUUCAUGAUACUUCUCUUACUGCUUUUGAUACAAGCGAAAGUGGUAGCAUCGACAACUCAUUCAGCAAAUCUAAUACUGUUACCUACCAAUCUGGUACAUCAAACACUCACGGUGAUAUUUCAAACACUUCUGCUUUAUCUGGAGACUCGUCACGACUUAGAAUUUCUGGCUUACUCAAGACUGAAAGCUUCAAGGCUCGUGGGUCGUUUAGCAACUUUAAGACGCCAUCUAUGGUUGAUAUUGUUGAACAACGGGUGGUUCCUGAGUACCAGCUGAAUGUUGCAAAUGAUAUUCUUUCUUCAGGUUCUUCCAAAGACCACCAGAAUACUCAUUUGCAAUUGUCAACUUCUUCUUCACCUCGUCAAAGCUCACUUCAUGAACAGACAAGCGAGCCCGCAGUUGAGCAGCAACCUUUGUCUACUUCAGCUCCAACUCACAUUGAGACGCCGAGCAACAGUAAUACGGUUACGACAAACGAGCAGGAAAAGAUGGAUGUUGAUGGAAUGCCCAAGUUUAUGGAAUCACCAAAGAUGAAUACGCAUUCGUUCAUUCCAUCUCUUUCAACACAACAGGCCCAGGUUUACCAACCGCCCAACAUUGUCAAGCUUGGGGAUGAUUCCAAGGCCAGUUCAGGCCGCAGUUCAAACAUUCUUCGCAAGUUUUCUCUUAACCCCAAGCGCCAGGCACCUGCUCCUCCAGCACCCUCUGCAUCGUCUAAAGAGCCUACAUCGUCGAAUCUUGCACCAUCCCGUACACCUACGCUUGCUGCUACACUCACCUCUGGAAGUACUUCUGGAGCUACAGCUACACCUAAACCUAAGAUUGUUGCAACCAAGUUGCCUGUUGUGUUGUUGCCUACGCCGCCGCCAAGCGAACCUCAAAGCCGUGUGGCCAGUGGGUCUUCUCAAAUGUCUACUGCCACAACUGCAGUUUCAUCAACUGCACAGGCCCACUUUGAAGUUGCUCAUCCUGCACCUGUUACUCGACCAAUGGCUUCUACGAGUACAUUGGUUUCCACAAAGCCUGCCAACAUGGCUACAAUCACAAUGGCUCCCAAACCAGUUUCGGCAACGGUAUACAAGUCUGAACCACCUAAGCCGUCUCAACAGCAGCAUAAUCAUCAGGCUCAUAUUGAUCCUUCUCCCGUUAAGCAAAACUGGUUUAUGAAAAUGCUUAAUUUACGAACAGAACCCGAGACCGAUAGUGGUCACGGUGCUGGUCAUGGCAAUCGGAGCCGGAGUCGCGGCCGGAUGCCCGAAAAGAUUUCACCUACACCUUAUGAACUUCGUAUUGACCAUGAUGGUAAUAAUGGUGGUCGAUUUAUGCAGCCUGGAACACCCACUACAGUGAGCCAAGCUGGGACCCCAGGGUACAAGUCGUCUCGUGGAUACUAUUCGCUUUUGACGGCGCCACAAGUGCGGCGACACGUUGUGGAGGUGCUCAAAGGAUGGGAACAAUAUGGUGUUAGUGGCAUUAAGAUUUCGGAUGGUGAGGUAUCGAGCAACGGAGCUAAGGCUAUUAUUGUGCGUGCAAAGAUUUCUUCGCGUAAUGCCUUGUCUUUGCGUAGUACGCGAUUCCGGGUGGAGAUUGAGGCUCACGAGCUGAGAUCGUACAUUGCAGUACCUGCUGCUUCUUCUACCAAGACCAAGGCCCCUCCUGCACCAGCACCAGCGCCCAUGCCAACACCAGCACCAGCACCACAACAGUCGAAGAAUGUAUUUAAGAGACUUUUUGGAGGUUCCAAGAGCUCUAAGAGUGAGCAGCAUGCACCAGCUCCAGCACCAGUUUCGGCACCUGCACCUGCACCUGCGCCAGCGCCAGCAACAACUACAACUACAACUACAACUACAACUACAGCAUCCACGACCAAGGUCACGAGCAUUUUGAUUAUUCAGGAGCGUGGAUCUUUGUCUACAUUUGGCCGGUUUCUUAAGGAGAUGGAGCAAGCUCUUGAGGCUCGCAAUGCGAUUAGUGGGACCUCGACAACUGCGAUUUUAGGGCAGAAACUUUCAGCAGCCACGGCUACGGAUCCAUAUUCUUCAGGAACUACAACAUCUGCUAGAACUACAUCUACGACAAGACCCAUUAGCAGCACCAGCAGUGCAUGGCGGCCUGUAUCGACGGCGUCCGAUAGCAAUCGGAACAGUACGUUUAGCGGGUACAAUAUGGGUGGAGGCAAUGGAUCACGACCGACGUCUGGGUAUACAUCUGGGUAUACGACAGGACAUGAGAAUGAUUUUGAGGACGAGGAGGUUGUACUCAUUGGGUCUGGAUAUCCAAAGUCGUCUACAACUGCACAGUACAAGUAUACUUAUCAUGAUACUGCGGGUGCUGGGACUUCUGGAAAUGAAACCAACAGUAAUAACAAGAACAGUCAGGGUCUUGGGAUAGUUGUUUAA